AGGCCUGGUCGGUUAAAUAGCCGCGCCGCGCCCGGGGCCGCGCUGAGAUCCCCUAGAGCGCGGACGUUGCCGCAGCCAGCGGUGCGCCCCGAGCCGGUGGUGCAGGUACCAGCGCGACCCGAGCCGGUGGACACGGUGUCCUGGGCCCCGAGCGCAGAGCCCGGGAGCAUGAUCGUGGACAAGCUGCUGGACGACAGCCGCGGCGGAGAGGGGCUGCUGGACGCGGCCGGCGACUGCGGCCUCAUGACCAGCCCGCUCAACCUGGCUUACUUUUACAGCGCCUCGCCGCCGGCCGCCGCUCCGGGCGCCUGCGACGCCGGCUGCGUGUCGUCCGGUCCCUCGGCUCCCGGCUCGCCCGGUUCCGACUCCUCCGACUUCUCCUCCGCGUCCUCCUGCGGGGCCGUUGAGUCCCGGCCAAGAGGAGGUGCCCGCCCCGAGCGCGUGCCAGUUGAGCCCCAUAUGGGGGUUGGCAGGCAGCAGAGAGGACCCUUUCAAGGUGUUCGUGUGAAGAACUCGGUGAAGGAACUCUUGCUGCACAUCCGAAGUCAUAAGCAGAAGGCUUCUAGCCAAGCUGUGGAUGAUUUUAAGACACAAAGUGUGAACAUAGAACAGUUCACAGAAUUGAAGAACACAGGAUCAAAUAGUGGGAAAAGGAAAGGGCUUGAUUUGUUUUCCGAUGGAUCAGCUUGCAAAAGGCCAGCUCUGUUACAUACUCAGUUUUUGACACCACCUCAAACACCAACGCCGGGGGAGAGCAUGGAAGAUGCUCAUCACAAUGAACCCAAACAGGAGAGCUGUGGUGCCGACCUGCUUCAGAACAUCAUGAACAUUAAGAACGAGUGCAGCCCAGUUUCCCUGAACACAGUCCAAGUUAGCUGGAUGAACCCUGUGGUCAUCCCUCAGGGUUCUCCACAAGAGCCACGGCAGGACUUCCACGGAGGGCGGGUCUUCUCUCCACCUCAGAAAUGUCCACCAUUCCAAGUCGGUGGCUCCCCACAGAUGAUGGACCAGGCUUCCAUGUACCAGUGUUCUCCACAGAACCAGAGUGUGGAACAGCCGCCACCGCAGCAUUAUCCCCACAACCCAGCUUUGGAAUACAGUCCAUAUUCCAGAUCUUCCCAGUCCUCCAGCUAUGAAGUGAGCCUCUUUGAUCAUCAACAGCCACAGUUCUACCCAAACUCAACUCCUACAGCCCUCCUGUGUGAACGUGGGGAGUCUGAGAAUAUUAAUCUUCCCAUUCAGACGUCCCCCAGGAUGCAGCAGCAAAAUGAGGCUCAUCUGCAGAACUUCGGCCUGAUACCAGACAAUGCCUGUCAGGCUCUUGGGCCACGUGAUGCCGACGCUACCUCUUUAAAUCCGUUUCAGAGCAUCAGUGAUUCUAUGAACACCACACAGUUAGGGAAGUCACUUUUUCAGUGGCAAGUAGAGCAGGAAGAAAGCAAAUUGGCAAAUAUUUCCCAAGACCAGUUUCUUUCAAAGGAUGCCGAUGGUGACACGUUCCUCCAUAUUGCUGUUGCCCAAGGGAGAAGGGCACUUUCCUAUGUUCUUGCAAGAAAGAUGAAUGCGCUUCACAUGUUGGAUAUUAAAGAACACAAUGGGCAGAGUGCCUUUCAGGUUGCAGUGGCUGCCAAUCAGCAUCUCAUUGUGCAGGAUCUGGUCAACCUUGGGGCCCAAGUGAACACUACAGACUGUUGGGGAAGGACACCCCUGCAUGUCUGUGCUGAGAAGGGACACUCCCAGGUGCUUCAGGCAAUUCAGAAAGGGGCUGUAAGGAGUAAUCAGUUUGUGGAUCUUGAGGCAACUAAUUAUGAUGGUCUGACUCCCCUUCAUUGUGCAGUCAUGGCCCACAAUGCUGUGGUGCAUGAGCUGCAAAGAAAUCAGCAGCCUCAUUCCCCUGAAGUCCAGGAGCUUUUACUGAAGAAUAAGAGCCUUGUGGACACCAUUAAGUGCCUGAUUCAAAUGGGUGCAGCAGUAGAAGCAAAGGAUCGUAAAAGUGGCCGCACAGCUCUGCAUUUGGCAGCGGAAGAAGCAAAUCUGGAACUCAUUCGCCUCUUUUUGGAGCUGCCCAGUUGCCUGUCUUUUGUGAAUGCUAAGGCUUACAAUGGAAACACUGCCCUCCAUGUUGCUGCCAGCCUGCAGUAUCGGGUAACACAGCUGGAUGCAGUCCGUCUGUUGAUGAGGAAGGGAGCAGAUCCAAGCACACGGAACUUGGAGAAUGAACAGCCAGUGCAUUUGGUUCCUGAUGGUCCAGUGGGAGAACAGAUCCGACGUAUUCUGAAGGGAAAGUCCAUUCAGCAGAGAGCGCCGCCGUAUUAGCUCCAUUGACUUGGAGCCUGGUCAGCAACACUCACUGUCAGUUAGGCAGUCCUAAUGUAUCUGUACAUAGACCAUUUGCUCUGUAUUGGCAAAUGUAAGUUGUUUCUAUGAAACAAGCAUAUUUAGUUCACUAUUAUAUAGUGAGUUAUAUUAAAGGAAAAGAAGAAAAAUAUCUAAUUUCUCUUGGCAGAUUUACAUGUUUCAUGCCCAGGUAUCUGGGAUCUAGACAUCAGAAUUUGAUCUGAGUGGCUAAAUUGCCUUCAAUUAACAGUAGCUUUUGGGUAGGAAAAGACUUUGUUUCGUGGCAUUGCUUAUGUGGCCUAUGCCAGUUUGAAAGCAAGUAAAUUAUAGACAUUUCUGUAAGGAAAAUGAAAAGCACUUGAAAGGAAAAAAGUAAAUUUGGGUGUAAAGUUGAGGCUUCAUUUGGCAUGAUACAAUACUUUGUUAUUUAUGUUGGGAAGUCUCUAGUAGGUGGACUAAAUGAAAGAUGUUUGAAAUCGAUCUUUGCAAACUGUAAAUAAUUGGUAUUUUUGUCUUUAAAAAAAUAGUGUACAUAUUUUAUCAUUAGCAUGGCCAUAUUUGAACUGUUUUAAUCAAUAAGAACAAGUGAAUUGUUAGUGCUUUUGAAAAUGAUUAUGAAUUCAAAGGAGCUGUUGUGUAAUCAUCCAGCUAUAAUUUUUUUAAGGUGAUGUAGGUGGAGAGUUGUUCCUUUACUGACUGAAAGAGCUGUUUGAUUUGUAAAUAUGCUUUUGCUCCUGCAUUAAAAGGACAUACUUUAUGUCUCACUUUGUAGAAUUUAUAAUUUAAUGUUAAUAUUUUUGUUUUUUAAUCUAAUAGAAACAACGAAAGUCAAUGUUAAAGCCUGUCUUCCUGUUUUUUGUUGUCAAACAAUGAUAACGCACAGUGAUAUUUUAUAUUACUAUUCAGAAAACAAAGUUUUAGAAUUAACAUUUGCUUACCUCUGGCAUGCCCCAAUGAAUGCAUUUGGUUUUGAUUGCACACUAAUUUUUUGUAAUGAGUCUGGCUAAUUGAAAACCUUUUUUUUUUCUUAUAGUAAAUCUCAUAAACAAGUAACUAACUUUGUAGCUAAGGGCUUAAAUUCUUUUAAAAAAAGAUACCCCUUUGAAUUGAUCACAUUGUUUGACCUAGUAUGUCUUGUGGACAGAAGUUAUUGUUAUUAGGUAUCUGUAAAUAUGGUAGGAUGUUAACCAGUCCAUUCACACUGGAAAUGUCAUCCAUGAUCUUAAAUAAACAUGAAUUCACUAAUACUA